AUGCCCUCUUUCAAGUUCGGCUUUGACCCUUAUGAGUACACCAACGGGCGUUGGCUACGCGCCGACGCUGCCCAACGCGAUGCUCGCCGUGUCAACUUCGACUUCCCGGCUCUCUGCCAGAAGGCAAUAAGCUCGGUGGCUGGGGCCAAGGGGACUUUAGAAUGCUCAAAAGUGGAGGGCAACUUCAACCGAGCAUUCAUCAUUCGUUUCGACAACGGGACCAAGGUGGUUGCCAGAGUGCUGGACUGGAGCGAUGACCCGUCGAACUCAGUUGGAACAGAAUACAUCAUCAUGGAGCAUGUUUUUGGUGUACAACUACAACAACAUUGGCCGGACAUGACCGGUCUCCAGCGUCUAGAGUGUGUUCAAAACCUGGCCAACCUGGUCAAGCAAAUGCACGACUUAGAGUUCCUGGCCUACGGAAGCAUCUACUUCAGCGACGGGCUUGUCACUUCGUCGAACUCAGUUCGUCUUGACACUCGUUUCUGCAUUGGGCCAAACUCGGGUUCGCGGUACUUCCCCUGUUACCCUACAGAACACCGCUUUUACAACAGGAAACCACUAAAUCGCGGCCCUUGGAAAACCUUCAAUGACUUCACCCGCGGUCUGUUGGAUGCGGGAAAUUCCCGCAUCCCUGACGAGAUUCUGCCAACAAGACCUGCCUUCCGCGGCACGGCUGAGGAGCAUGUUGCGUUGCUCUCAGAGGCUGAGGCUGUGCUUCAGGCACUCAGCCGCGAUCCGCGCAUCGAGAAGAUUUCGUCUCCGCUUCUGCUCCACCCGGACUCACAAAAGCGGAACAUAUUUGUAGAUCCGGACGAACCUACCAAGAUCACGGCUGUUAUUGAUUGGCAGUCAACCUGUCUCGACCCGGGGCUGCUCUAUUCUAAUGAAAUGCCUGACUUGUGCGAGCAUCCUAAAGGUAUAGCUCACGAUGCCAUGGACUCGUGUGAUGGUUUUCAGACUCCGGAUGGAAGAGAGGCUUAG